CUCAGCCUUCCCUAGGGCUGCGUCGGCGGGCGCGGAGCGGGGUGGGCCGGGGUGCGGGGAAAGCCCCCUCAGCGCCGCUUCUCCUUUGACCGACCCGUUCCCGGCGCGUGGGGCAGGUGAGGGCGGCGGGCCUGGCCUCGCUUCGCUCCGGGAGCCUGGCCUGGCUUUUGUGGGCGCUCCAGAAGACGAAGCGGCGGCGGCGGCGCCUCCGUUUCAAUGGAAGUAUGUUACCAGCUGCCGGUGCUGCCUCUGGACAGGCCGGUCCCGCAGCAUGUCCUCAGCCGCAGAGGAGCCAUCAGCUUCAGCUCCAGCUCCGCGCUCUUCGGCUGCCCCAACCCCAGGCAGCUCUCUCAGAGACGUGGGGCAAUAUCCUAUGACAGUUCUGAUCAAACUGCAUUGUACAUUCGCAUGCUAGGAGAUGUACGAGUAAGAAGUCGGGCAGGAUUUGAAACAGAGAGAAGAGGUUCUCAUCCAUACAUUGAUUUCCGUAUUUUUCACUCAAAUUCUGAAAUUGAUGUUUCUGUGUCUGCAAGAAAUAUACGAAGGUUACUGAGUUUCCAGCGGUACUUGAGAUCUUCCCGUUUCUUCCGUGGUAUCACUCUUCCAAAUUCUUCAAACAUUUUAGAUGAUGAUUAUAAUGGACAAGCUAAGUGUAUGCUAGAAAAAGUUGGAAACUGGAAUUUUGACAUUUUCCUUUUUGACAGGUUAACGAAUGGAAACAGUUUAGUCACCUUAACCUUCCACCUGUUUAAUCUUCAUGGACUUGUAGAGCACUUCCAACUAGAUACAAUGAAGCUCCGCCGAUUUUUAGUAAUGGUUCAAGAAGAUUACCACAGUCACAACCCAUACCACAAUGCAGUUCAUGCUGCUGAUGUGACUCAGGCCAUGCACUGUUUUUUAAAAGAACCUAAGCUUUCCCAGUCCCUGACUCCAUGGGAUACUCUUCUUGGCUUAAUUGCAGCUGCCACUCAUGAUUUGGAUCACCCAGGUGUUAAUCAGCCUUUCCUUAUUAAAACAAACCAUUAUUUAGCAACUUUAUACAAGAAUACCUCAGUAUUGGAAAAUCACCACUGGAGAUCUGCAGUGGGAUUGUUAAGAGAAUCUGGAUUAUUUGCACAUAUGUCACUAGAAAACAGGCAGCUGAUGGAAAGCCAGAUAGGAGCACUGAUACUUGCCACUGAUAUCAGUCGGCAAAAUGAAUAUCUAUCCCUAUUUCGCAGUCAUUUGGAUAAGGAAGAUUUAUGCUUAACAGAGGAAAAUCAUCGUCAUCUCAUUCUUCAGAUGGCUUUGAAAUGUGCUGAUAUUUGCAACCCCUGCCGGACUUGGGAAUUAAGCAAGCAGUGGAGUGAAAAAGUAACAGAAGAAUUCUUUCAUCAAGGAGAUGUUGAGAAAAAAUACUGCUUGGGGGUGAGUCCGCUGUGUGAUCGACAAACAGAAACCAUUGCCAACAUCCAGAUUGGUUUUAUGACCUAUUUGGUGGAACCAUUAUUCACAGAGUGGGCUCGUUUCUCAAACACCAGACUAUCUCAAACGAUGCUUGGUCAUUUGGGAUUGAAUAAAGCUAGCUGGAAGGGUGUGCAGAGAGAACAAUCCAGCAGCGGUGAUGAUACUGAUCCUGCAUUUGAGGAAAUGGACUCUGAUGUUAUACCUCAGGAACACCGACUAUCCUGACCCCAGGAUCUGCUUAACAAAAACUGCCUCUUGCCUGGUAUCUGUGGAACAGGGUUUGAGGAUAAAUUUUGUCUGACUGCCAAGGUUUCAGUGUAAACAAUGCCAGCAUUAUUUAUUUCCAAGUUUUUCCUUUGAUA